UCCGUGCGCGAAGUCUGGUUCGCAGGCGUGCACGCCGACGUCGGCGGCGGGAGCGUGCACAACGCGACGCCGCACGCGCUCGCGCGCGUCCCGCUGCGCUGGAUGGUCCGCGAAACCUUCCGCUGCGCCACCGGCAUCGUCUUUGACGCCGCCAUGCUCCAGCAGCUCGGUCUC